UGUGAAGACAGGGCAGGUCUUGCGGGCACGAGUUAAAGCCUUGGUGGGUCACGAAGGUGGUGGUGUCCAGGUGCUGAGGAUGAAGCUCUUGUUAUCCCCCCUUGUCUAAAAGUGAUUCUGUGUAAUGCUAUUUAAAUGUGGAUAAGUAACUUUUUUUCUGGGUGUUGGUGCCUAUAGCUAGAUGCUCUAGCUUGCCAGCAGGUGCCCACAGGUUUUUUUUUUUUUGGGGGGGGGUAGGAAUCUCUGCAACUCGGUAGGAAUGAAAGUUGCAGCUUGUAACUAGAGCUGUUCAGGCAGAGUGGGUAGCUGGUGAUAUUUCAGUGAAGUCUGUUGAAGUCACUGUGAUUACCUUGUUUUGUCCUGUGCUAUUAGCUGCGGUGGUUCAGGAGGUAAUUUCCAGUCAUUUCUGCCCUCAUGUGGUGAGGGUGGAAGAAAGUUCAGUGUUAGGUAACCUUAUCGGCAGCUCAAGGCAGUCUGACCUCACGAGUUACAGGAAUGUGUUUGCAGUAAACAUGUAUGCACUGAUGACUGAAGACAGUUCUCUGAACCUGAAUAAUAUAAAUUUAUCUAUUCUCCCCCAGAACGUGUAGGAGAAGAUAAUUUGCCACUCAGUGAAACUAUAGAUGAGUGGCAAAACCUGAAACAAAUUUAUUUUGAUUAUGGCUUGUCAUAUGACACUAGGAUCUCUUAGAACUGAGAGAUCUUGGAGCUGUUUACUGUGGUGGAGAAACUGAAGCAGAAGGUUGGGAAAUAUUAAGCUAAAUGGAGAACAGACUCCUCAUUUAAACAGAAGGCUUAAGGAGGAAUAGAUAACAUAACAUGCUGUACUACUUUUUGUCUCUGAAACUUUUUUCUUUGUGUAUGCCUGGCAGCCUGGUAAACUUGAAAGAGAAAAGUGAAAUUUUUUUUUUAGUGCUCAAAGGAGGAACAAAUUCCACUGGACAUCAGUCACUCAGUAAAACUUUCCAAGUACCUUUUCACUUCAGCUCUUGAAUUAUGAGAUCACACUCUUUAGUAAUGCCUACAGGAAACUGAAAAAAUAUCUACUGUUGAUUUAAGGAAUUUGAGAUUAAGAACUUCUGAUUUAUCUUUCUGUUGUGUGAUGAGGCAUCUGAAUGAUAUUGUUUAUGUAUGUCAAUCUCUAAUUAUAGUCUCUGUAGGAAGAAUAAGGGCAACGAAAGGUAGGUGGUGUCCUUCCAUAUGGUGGAAAGAUCUCAAAUGCUAAAAAGUCUAAAACCCACUCCUGCUUUGAGCAAACUUUCUGAAGUAUAAGUUUUAUGAAGUAAAUAAUGCCUAAAACACAUAGGAAGCAACUCUGCUGUAGCUAUUUUAAACUUAGAUGAAGUGCAUAGCAGAGCCUCUUUGAGAAAAAAUCCAUCUUCCUUCAGUUAAAAAUGAAAAGACAGGUGGUCCUGCUGCUGUAAAAUCAACUGCUGAAGGUAUCUGGUGAGUGUUUUCUAAUCCUGUUCCAGUCAAAAUGUGUCAGAUAACUUAAAUGAUCUUAAGUAUUUCUUGACUAACCCAGCUAAAAUUUGAUGUUGUCUAUAGGUAAAGUAGAAAAUAUCCCUUUUUGAAUAAAGGUGUGGUUAAUCACUUUAGCUUUGGAGUCCGGAUGUGGACUCUCUGACAGAGUAAGCUGAGAUGCAUUAACAUUUUAAUGUGUUCCUCCUGUUGAUACUAGUGUUUCUGUAGAGCCCCUUAAUACAUUAAGUAGAAUCUAAUUUCCUGUUCCAGGUCUUUCUCUCUCUUGAUCUUCAGCUGGUAUGCCAAGUGUUUUCUCUCCAUUUUUCCACUCUCACAUGGUCUCCUGUAACUGCAUUGGGAGCCGACUGUGCCAGGCUAGAUGGGGAUUCAGUAGUAAAAUGGAAAGGUGUAUCAAAACUGGCACAUAUUCCUUCACUAAGGGAUGUGUGAGUUUAAAAACCACUUCGUUAUCAGUGUCAUAGUAUCAAGUGCUACGUGACCCUACAGGAGGAGUACUCGCCGAGAAAGGUUUGACAGCCUUCUGAUAGAUGCUGGCCCUGGGAGAGCUGCCAUGAAAGAGGCAUGUCAGAGGCUAGGGUGAAGUUCAUUAUGCAAAUCUGUGCUCAUUAAUAACCAAGACAUGUGAAUAACUGAGUUUAAAUUUUGAAACAUGUGAAAUCUGAGACAUGUAAUGGCUGUGAUAUGAGAAGGAGGGCUGUGAUUCAUUGGCAAUUCAUCAAAUACCAUUCCUCACAGUUGCCUUCACUGCGCAAAGCCGUAUGUGUAGAAAUAUUGCAAAAUACUUGUUGCAGAGGCAGCGGGGCUAGAAGAGGAAGAGAAUAACAAAUAGCUGCAUCUCCUCGCAGGGAAAAAAACAACCUUACUUUGUACUAGCGUCUCAAACUCAGUAUAAAGCUAAGCUGCCUUUGACCAACCUUUACAAAUACAGCUGAACUUGUGCUACUUUAUACACUGAUAUUUCUUGGUUUCGGGAAAAAACUGAUGCAUGGUUUGUAUGUACAGUUAAGUCUCUGAGCUAUGGAAAUUAAACACUCUAUAUUAAGAGUACGAGGCACUCCUAGCAAAGUUAGUUGCAGAUUGGUGUUUCCCUUCACAUUCUCCCUUAACUACAAAUAAGGUAAUACUUAAGAAUCAUUAGUUCACUGUGUCAACUCUAUUUAAGGUACCACUUUGUUAUAGACCCUUCCUCUGUAUAAUCAAGUAUAAUGCCUUUCCAGAGUCAAUAAGAGCACAGCAAAUCUGUUCAAUUUUCUGUUGGCUUGUUAUGAUAGCAUACCUCAUCUAACUGAAAGCAGCCAGUGUUAGAGAGUCUUGUUUCCCAGUAACAGGAAACUGAUGGGGUGGGGAAUACCUUUAAAUCUAAGCUGAAAUGUAUCCAAAACUUCUGAAGCAUGCAGUGUUGCCCUCAGUGGGUUGCAGACCUUUUUAUUUCGUGGUGGUAAGUUCUAAUUGUCUAAAAGAAUGUGCACGGAUUGUACUGAGGUAGGAGUAACUUGGUCUUAUAUCCAGAAUUUAAAAAGUAGUUGUGACUCUUAGUAUUGGCAACUUGACCUCUAACUUACAGGUUAGUACAAGAGUGUCUUACUGUGCAUGAGCGGGGGAUUCUUUUCUCAUUUCUGUUAUAAAGCUGGGUAAAAGAGCAAAAGCUUAUUCGGAAGCCUGUAAGCUGAAGUGUGGUGCUCAAUAAGAUUUUUUUGAUUUUUGUAAAGUCUUCAGCAUUUUAUUUUCUCCCACAGAACUUCUAUGCUGCAGAACCAGCCUCAAAGGCACUAUGGAGUUACCUCUCCAAUUAGCUUGGCUCCUCCUAAGGAUAUAGAUUAUAUUCAUACUCAGAAGCUAGUUGAGGCAAUGAAGCCAUUUGGGGUAUUUGAGGAUGAAGAAGAACUGAAUCACAGACUGGUUGUUCUUGGUAAACUGAAUAGCUUAGUCAAAGAAUGGAUUUCAGAACUUGGCGAGAGCAAGAAUCUUCCCCCUUCAGUAGUAGCAAAUGUUGGUGGCAAAAUAUUUACGUUUGGUUCUUACAGGCUUGGAGUACACACCAAAGGUGCUGACAUAGAUGCCCUUUGUGUUGCUCCUAGACAUGUGGAAAGAUCGGAUUUCUUUCAGUCUUUCUUUGAAAAACUAAAGCAUCAAGAAGAAAUAAAAAAUCUAAGAGCAGUUGAAGAUGCGUAUGUACCUGUUGUCAAGUUUGAAUUUGAUGGCAUUGAGAUUGAUCUCGUGUUUGCAAGACUGUCUGUACAAACGAUUUCCGAUAAUCUUGAUCUCAGAGAUGACUCGCGCCUGAGAAGUCUGGAUAUAAGAUGCAUACGGAGCUUAAAUGGCUGCAGAGUUACUGAUGAAAUACUACAUCUGGUGCCAAAUAAGGAGAACUUCCGACUCACGCUCCGUGCAAUUAAACUGUGGGCAAAGCGACGUGGUAUAUACUCCAACAUGCUGGGAUUUCUUGGUGGGGUUUCCUGGGCGAUGCUAGUAGCAAGAACAUGUCAGCUCUAUCCAAAUGCAUUGGCUUCCACUCUUGUUAACAAGUUCUUCUUGGUUUUUUCAAAAUGGGAGUGGCCAAAUCCUGUAUUGCUGAAACAACCUGAAGAGAGUAAUCUUAACUUACCUGUAUGGGACCCUAGGGUGAACCCAUCUGACCGAUAUCAUGUAAUGCCUAUAAUCACACCAGCCUAUCCACAGCAGAACUCUACGUACAAUGUAUCUACAUCAACACGAGCUGUAAUGGUGGAAGAGUUCAAACAUGGCCUUGCAGUUACAAAUGAGAUUCUCCAAGGAAAAUCAGACUGGCCAAAGCUCCUAGAACCGCCAAACUUCUUUCAGAAGUACAAACACUAUAUUGUACUAACUGCAAGUGCAUCUACUGAAGAGCAUCACUUAGAGUGGGUUGGCCUUGUUGAAUCUAAAAUUCGUGUGCUGGUUGGAAACUUGGAGAGGAAUGAAUUUAUAAAUAUUGCACAUGUAAAUCCACAGUCUUUCCCUGGCAACAGAGAACACUGUAAACAGAGUGGCUAUGUGUCAAUGUGGUUUCUUGGAAUCAUAUUUAGGAAAGUGGAAAAUGCAGAAAGUGUUAACAUUGAUUUAACAUAUGAUAUACAGUCGUUCACAGAUACAGUUUACAGGCAGGCUAACAACCUCAACAUGCUGAAAGAAGGUAUGAAGAUUGAGGCAGCUCACAUGAAGAGAAAGCAGCUCCACUAUUUUUUGCCUGCAGAAACCUUACAGAAGAGAAAGAAGCAAAGCAUGCCAGAUAUUAGUCAAAAUGCUAGUGGCCUUCAGCCCAAAAGGGCCUCUUCAGAUGGAAGCUGUUUGGACAGUUCCAGAGAUACGGACUCCAGAACACCAUAUAAUUCCCCUUCGUUAAAUAGGAUAUCUAAAUUGGACACCUCUACAGCUGAAAUAGAAAGAAACGCUGUAAUUCAAAGAGCUAACGGUGCUAGCAGUAGAGAGAAGAUACCUAAUAUAGCUGUGCCAUCAGUGUCUAAGGGACUGUCCAUUCCAGUUAUUGGUUCAAAAAUGGAGACUACGGUUACCAUAAGAACAUCAGGACCUCCUUGCAUUGGUUGCACCAUUCCUACAGUAGUAGCACAUAACACAGUUUCUCGGCUUAGAACGCAUCUUACCCAAGGACAACAUGAACUACAUGGGACUCCAGCUACAAAUUCUAAGAAUGCUGCACCUAAACGACCUCACUCACCUACCUCAGAAGAAUGCCCCAAAAGAACAAAAGAUAGAGAAAAGUUAAUUGGCCAGGAUUCAGCAUUCAAAGAUGGUGGUAAUCCAGAAGAUGUAAAGAGAAGAUCUGCAGAAAAUGAUGGCCUUGGAGGAAAAUCCAUGCCUAUUCCAAUUAUUGACACAUCGAGGUCACAGAGGCUUUCCAGUAAAGAACUACCAGAUUCCUCAUCUCCUGUUCCAACAAAUAAUAUUCGUAUUAUUAAAAGAUCCAUCAGACUGACCCUUAACCGGUAACAAAAGUAUAUCUUCAGGUAAAGAUGGUGUGCACUUGUUUACUGGUUCAUAAGAUCAGUGUCUUGUUACUGUCCAACAAAGUAUGGAGGGUCACUGUUACCCUACUGGAAGUUAUUUAAAUAUAAACUAGCUAGUUAAACGUUAUUUGCAUUUUGACCUGCAGAUGCUGUAGGAUACUCCUAUUACUGUGUAGCUUUUCCAAGAUCGCCUACUGACCAGCAACUGUCUGCAAAAUCAUGGUUUUCUGAUUUUUUUUAAUAUUGUUAGCUUAGAUGCUUGCUUCCUUUGGAACUACUUUCUGCAUACCCUUACAACACGAGUCUUUUAAAAGUCUUAACAGUCACUAGCUGAAAAAGCUUUUGUUGAAACAGCCACAAAAAACAACCUCUCCUGUGACUUGGAUUCAGAAUGCAUGUAAACAGGCUUUAUUAGUCACUGGAACCACAUUCUGGUUUGAAGUAUGUAUGAACGUGCUUGUAUUUGCUUGUAUCCACAUGAACUAGAAAAGCAUAUUAUUCUUGUGAUCUUAAAUUAUUUUCCAGUCUGGCACAUGCACUCCUGCGCAUCUAUCACAAUGGUGCUCAGCUUCUACAGGCAGUAGCUUUCCACUGUCUAGCACAGCCAUGCGCUACACAAGUGAUACGUAUUGCCUCCCAUGGAGGCCCAUAAAUAAUCUAAAUAUUGAAGAAAAUGCAACAGAGGAUGCUGCCAAGGUAUGGAGAUGGUAAAAUGUCUCAUGCCGUGUUAUUUGAUUUUUGUCUUAAGGCUGCUCUAAAAUGAGAUUUCCUUUUUGUUUUCACUGGGUAGCAAAGCUAUACUCAAACACACAACUGAAGGCAUACUUGAGCAUUGAGGCGGCUGAGGGGUGUCAUGGUACUACUACCCACCUGCAAGCUACAGCUUUGAAAGUGCUUGGCAUGCAGAAAGUGGUAUCAGGGUUUCGCUGAAACCCUGGAGGUUGUUCUAAAGAGUUGCAUGAAAACUUGCGGUAGUCUUAAGUCAGGUUUUGUAAACAAGCUGAUAAUACUGCUUGCC